GUUGAACUGCUCCAUCACAUUCUAGGAUGAACAAAAGAAAAAAAAAAACAUUUUUUUUGUGCUUCAUUUAGUCAUAAGGAGGGGUGGUUUGUGUGGUUUCUCUAUAAAUACCAGCAUGUGAGAACAAUAAAAAAAACUCUUAAUAUUUAACUUGACCUCUGACGAAUGCGGCACCGCUUCCUGUGAGGAAAAAUGGCAGCUAUUUUGAACCUAUUGAAAAAGUGGCACACCCUCAAUAGGAAAAUGAAAAGGGGGGGUGGAGGGGGGACAGGUGUUUUCUCUACUGUAACUGCAAACUGUUUCUUCCAUUUUUACAGGUAACAGGUUCACCUGGAAGCACUUGAGAGUGAAUUUAAAUGGAUUAAAGAGACCAAAAUGAUGAUAAAAAUCCCUGAUAAGAUAAGAGAGAUGACUCAGAACUGUCAGCCAUCACCUGUGACUAUUACAGAAAAGACGAAUCCGUCCACGUCUGAUGUGGUGUCAUACCCCACAGAGGAAUGUGACCCCGGCUCAAAAAGCCGGCUGUUGUUGGUGAGCCUCAUGACUGAAACGCAUUACCACAAUUUCAAGCUCUUAUAAUAACUCCCACUCGAGUCUCACAGCGAGAUCCAGACCUUUCCUGCUCCAGAUAAUCGUCAACUCCGACUUUGGGAGGUCCUCUGUAGAGGCCGGCAGACAUGGAGAGGUAAAUCCAACACAUUCAGUAUUUUUGAGGAAUUUCUUAAAAACCUUUGGAUGUGUGAUUACAGAAAACUCCAGGGUUGGAUAUUGGUGCUCCUUCCAGCUGUGGUGUGGACUGCAUCGCCAAUGGUAGAUCUGGGUAUGUUGUCCACGAAAUCUUUCUUUUUUUUUUUUUUACCCCAACUUAAAGCAUUUUGUGUCUUUGAUCUAGAAAACAUAGCAGGGAAGUUGGUUUUCUAUCAAAUGGAAGGUAAUGCCACCUACGUGAGAGACACGGGAGAACUGGCAUCAGACGUUCCCACAGAGACGAUGUUCGAACUCUAUGAUCCCCAGAAGAAUUUCAGCAAAACAAACUUCUCCUACACCUGGGAUCUGGGGAAUGGGAAAGUCAUCAAAGGGAGUCAGCCAGUUGUCCGCUAUCAUUACACGGAGUCGGGGAACUACACACUGCGGCUGAAACUUGGAGCCAACAUGACAGAUUCUGCUGAAAUCAGUGUGGUCUACUCUAGAGAUGUCCAAGUGCUUGAUGCUGUAAAAAACGUCAAGAUGAAAGGACAGCCGAACUACGCGGUCUCUCAAAACGCCAGUUUGGCCUUCCAUGUAGAUGGAAGUCCUCCAAUGUGGGUGUGCUGGCGUUUCCUCAAAAACUGUGCGCCCGACAGCUCUGAGGGCUGCACGCUGACCAUGCUGUACGACAACAGCCUGCAGCUCAACCACACCUUCACCACCGCCGGCGUCCAGUGUCUGGACAUGAGCGUUCGCAACGACAUCAGCAAGCUGCAGACGUCCUUCAGCCUCUACGUCCGCAGGAACUAUAACGCGAACCUGCUCUUCAUCUUGUCGUGUGCCGCCGUUCUGGUGGCGACGUUCUCCUUUAUUGUCGUCAUCGCCUGUCGUCCCCGUCACCAGAAAGGAUCACAGGUCGCCUCUUCCAGCAAUGCGGUUUUUCUGAAGGACCAAGACGCAGAGGGUCAAAGCAAAAUACUUCUAAGUGUUUCCGCCGUGGAAAAUGGGGAGAGAGAGCCACUUAUUUCACAACACGGGCCUCAGUACUCCACUUAACUUAACUUCCAACAGAGUGCCUGCAGAAUGUAUCUACCUGUUUUCUUUUAAGAACAUUUGCUACAAGUAUUUGUUGUCCUGAGAGGUUUUCCUGUUGUUAAAGAGUGUGCGACUAACAUAGAUUUGUAAAGACAUUCGUCAUAACUAAACUCUACAAGAAUGUUUGAAUAUCUGAUUGAUCUCUUUACUAAAUAACUAAUUUGAUGACAACUGUAAUAUAAGUGAAGCUGUCAUGAAUACUUUUUAGCAGGAUUUAAUUUAGGUUAAAUUUGAAUUUUUGUUUGUUUUAAUCUGAUUUUCUUUUUUUCACUUUUCAGAAAUAAAUAAAGAACACUGAAAAAAAA